GUGACCCAUCUCUUGCUCCCUUUCCUGUAAUUGCGGCUUUUUUUGACACGUAGGCUCGUGAUUGAGGAUCCUGCCGUGCGGUCAGAUUCAUGUGCAUUGCUUAGAAUCGUUGCCAAUGCGAAUUCCAUCAAUUUGUUGGGCUUUGGUUGCUACUCCAGCGCUUGAAUUGCUGUACUAAUCAACUGGGUUGGAGCGGGUUGAGAGCAGUCGAUUGAUUGAUUGGUCUCUUCGGGGCGUCGUUGCUGCCACGUGUGUUCGAUCGGAUCGAUGAGUUUGUGUUUGUCGUUUGCAAUGGAUUGAAGGAACCGAGCAUGGUUGGGAGCGAUUUCUCGGUGCGUGAUUGACUGAGUGCUGCAAACGAAGCGCGUGAAUUUGGCUAUAACCUUGGAGGGUUGAGAAAUCAAGUGAAUGGCAUGAGAAGCCUUGGGGGCAAGUCAGUCGGGUAACCGCCUUGCGGCGCAGCAGAAGCCCUGGAUAUUGUGGUUUUGGCAGCGUGCGGAUGAUUACCCCCAAGCCCUUGGCAUGGAGACGCCUCAACUUCUCCUCUCCUCUGCCCGCACGGCCCCAUCGGGCGCUGGGGUCUCAACAUCAUAUCAACAAGACCUUCCGUUGAAUCAUCCUUCACCCAAUCCUCUGGAAGAACCAGAAUAUAUUUGUAGAUACUCAGUCACCAAGCACUCCUGGCGUGGGAAGUACAAGCGCGUAUUGUGCAUCUCUACCACUCAGAUCUUAACCCUCGAUCCUAUCACUCUGGCCACCACGAAUGAGUAUGACAUUGCAAUCGAUUAUGAAGGAGCAGCCCCUGUUGCUGGUGGGCGAGAGGAUCCACUCCAGCAGCAUGCGCUCGAGUUCACCAUCAAUGUCCGCAACGAGGGUCGUGGGAAGUUCAAGCCUAUGCGAUUCUCUUCUAGGUAUCGAGCAGCAAUUCUGACGGAAUUGCACAAUCUUAGGUCACUCAGAAGAUUCCCUGGGGUACCUUCGUCUGCUGCGGAGAGCUCAGACUUUCCUGUUCUUCAUCUGAGACGGCGUGCAUCAGACUGGAGCUCUUUCGUCAUGAGAGUCACAUGGAUCGGUAUUGAAGUGCGGACAACGAGUGGCAGUCGUCAUUGGUGUCUAGAUUACCGUGAUAUGGAUUCUCCAGCCAUCAUAUUGCUUUCAGAUGCCUAUGGCAGGCGUGGCCAGGAAGGUGGAGGGUUUGUGUUAUGCCCGCUGUUUGGUCGCAAGUGUAAAGCAUUUACUGCUGCUGUGGGGGUUUCCAAUUCCGCUAUUUUGACUACCCUGACAAAAAUGGCUAAAUCGUGUGUUGGGAUUUCACUUAACGUUGACUCAACACAAUCAAUGAGUGCUCAAGAAUUCUUGAAGCAAAGAGCGAAGAAUUCAGUAGGCGCCGAAGAAUCACCCGUGGGAGAGUGGUCAGUAACAAGGAUACGUACAACUGCACAUGGCACAGCUCAAUCUGGUAUUUUGCAGAUCCUGUAUGGGAUCAAAGAUUUUGGUGGAGCCAGUGAAUCUGUGUCAAGGCAGCUAGUUCUGACGAAAAGUUCAUUGGUUGAAAGACGGAAGAACAAUUAUGAGGCGGUCAUUGUCCGAUCUUUAUCUGCGGUGGCUGGUCUUGUUCGGUUUGCUGAGGAACCCCAAAUGUUUGCGAUUGACUUCAAUGAUGGUUGCCCUCUUCAUGUCUAUUCAAGCACAUCACGGGAUAGUCUCUUGGCAGCAGUUCGGGAUACCAUACAGACGGAGGGUCAACGUCCUAUUCCCAUGCUGGCUAGAGUAAUCAUGCCAGGCCACCGACUUGAUCCUCCCUGUGGGCGCGUGAUGCCACCUCCCUCACCAGUUGCUGUAAGUGGUCCCCAUCGUUUGUUUGCUGAUGUGGAAGGGGAGGCUCUCCAUGUAAAGCAUCUCUCAGCAGCUGCGAAGGAUGCGGUUGCUGAGAAUGGGUCUAUUCCAGGAUCCAAAGCUCGUCUUUGGAGGCGUGUUCAAGAGUUUAAUGCUUGUGUUUCUUACGAAGGUUUACAACCGCAAAUGGAAGUCACUGAUGUUACUCUUAUGACACUGUUGUCGAUGUUGCCUGGUCCAUUAAACCUACCACCUGAUAGCCAUCCUCCUCCUCCGCCAUCUCCUAAAGCAGCGGGCACACUGGUGGGUUUAAUAGCUUGCUUGCGUCGCUUGAUGGGAUCCUCGUAUGCAGCAUCAUUUGUGGCUUCGCUGUCUGUUGCUGCCAGCCGAUUAAUGGGCCUGCUUCAGUCGGGUUCAGAGGCUGUGGCCAUGGAAGCUGCAGGACUUGUGGCGAUGCUUAUUGGAGGAGGGCCUGAUGAAAAUAAUCUGUUGGCAAUGACAAGGGCCGAGAAACAUGCAAGUGUCAUCCUUGCAAAGUCAGCAAUGUUUGGAAGUCAGCGCCAUAUUAUGAUUCUUGUCUAUCGCUUGAAACCAGCAACUGUGUCUCCAUUACUCUCAAUGGCAAUAGUUGAGGUUCUUGAGGCAAUGUUAUGUGAACCCCAAAGUGAGACUACAGACCACCCUACAUUCGUAGAGAUGCUGCGGCAAGUGGCUGGCUUGAAACGUCGGUUGUUUGCUCUGUUUGGGCAUCCUGCAGAAGGAGUCCGUGAAACCAUAGCUGUCAUCAUGAGAGCAAUUGCAGAGGAAGAUGCUGUUGCUGCCGAGUCAAUGAGGGAUGCUUCGUUGCGGGAUGGAGCGUUAUUACGGCAUCUUGUUCAUGCAUUUUUCUUAUCCGCUGGGGAACGGAGGGAAGUCAGCCGGCAGCUUGUUGCCUUGUGGGCAGAUGCACAUCAACCGGCACUUGAUCUGCUCUCAAGAGUGCUACCUCCUGGGCUUGUGGCAUACCUUCAGACACGGUCUACAGAUGAAGACGAAUUUGAUGCUCAAAGUCUAUCAUCGAGCAAUGCCUCAGUCAAGAGAAAGCAACAGAGAAUUCUGCAACGGCGGAAGGGGAGAUUUCCUCGGAAAAGCAACGCAAGCAUUUCAUCAAAUUUACCUAAUCCAUUCUCAGCCCCUGCUCUUGAUGUUGGGAAUGUACAACAACCACAACUAAACGUGAACCAGAAUCUUCCAAGCUCUCAAGGACCAACUGCUUUGUCUUCAGAGGAGAGUGUUCUUUCCAGUACAAAAGUCUUUUCUCCAACUGCAAUUGGUUCUUCACAAGCUUUACCUGCCUUGGCACAACCCAUUACUGCAAAUCCAUACACCAUUGGAGACCAGCAUUCGGGAAGUGAGAUGCUCGGUAGCGAUGCUUCUAGUAUUAAUGAUUCUCAGCCGCCAGUCCCCGCACCUGCCCAGAUAAUAACGGAUAAUAUGACUGUUGGUUCUGGUUGUUUGCUUUCCAACUGGCCGGAAUUGUGGCGUGAAUUUGGCUUCGAUCACUCUCGUGCUGACCUGAUCUGGAACGAACGGACUCGCCAAGAACUUCGGGAAGCUCUUCAAGCUGAAGUUCAUCUUUUAGAUGUGGAAAAAGAACGGACUUUGGAUGCUAGCAUGCUUGGCAGAGUGUCAGUGGCAGGAGAUACUUCCUCUAUGAAAGAGUCCACGAGUCAAAUUUCCUGGAAUUACGCAGAAUUUGCAGUGCAAUAUCCCAGCCUUUCAAAAGAGGUUUGUGUGGGACAGUACUACCUCCGACUUCUUUUGGAAAGUGGGAGUGGAGCUGAACGUUUUCCUCUUCGUGAUCCUGUAGCGUUUUUCCGGGCUUUGUAUCAUCGAUUCCUGUGCGAUGCUGACAUUGGACUUACUGUUGAGGGCUCUGCUAGAGAUGAUCUUGGGGGUGACUGGUGUGACAUGUCUGGUUUGGAUGGUUUUGGAGGAGGAGGGGGAGCUUCGGUUCGGGACUUAUGUGCGAGAGCUAUGACUAUAGUUUAUGAGCAACACCAUCAAACGAUUGGACCCUUUGAUGGGACUCCACAUAUCACUGUGCUACUGGAUCGUACUAGUGACAGGACUUUACGACAUCGAUGCCUCCUCUUGUUAAAGGCUCUUGUGAGGGAACCGGCAAAUGCGAAGUUGUCUGUUGCUGUUGGAGGUUGCGUUCUUGUUGUCGAUCUCCUAACUACCGCGCAUGAAGCAUCAGAAAGAACUGCAAUACCUCUUCAGUCCAAUUUAAUUGCGGCCAGUGCCUUUGUCGAGCCUCAAAAGGAGUGGCAUUAUGUUACCAAGGCCGGAGGCCAAGUGGGGCCCGUGGAGAAAGAUGUGAUUAGGCGUGCUUGGUCGAAACAAGAGAUUGAUUGGGAUUCGAAGUGUUGGGCACAUGGCAUGACGGAGUGGAAACGUCUACGGGAUAUUCGAGAGUUACGGUGGGCGCUUGGAAGUGGGGUAGCAUUAUUGUCUCCUGUGCAGGUGGGAGAAGUGGCGCUGUCUAUCUUGCACAGCAUGGUUGCCGUUCAUUCAGACUUAGAUGACGCUGGAGAGCUUAUUAUACCAACUCCUCGUGUGAAACGCAUCCUUACCAGCCCUCGGUGCUUGAAUCAUAUUGCCCAGGCGAUGCUAACUGGGGAGCCUGCCCUUGUAGAAAAUGCAGCAUCAUUGCUGAAGGCAAUACUAACUAGAAAUCCCAAGUCAAUGGCACGCCUGUACAAUACUGGCGCCUAUUAUUUUGCUCUGGCGUACGGUGGCUCAAACUUGGAUUCUGUUGCACAGCUUUUUUCUGCUACCCAUACUUACCAGGCAUUUCAUGGGGGUGCUGAUGCAGCCAUGUCGUCCUCACUUCCAUUGUCUAAAAGGAGUGUAUUAGGGGGUCUUUUACCAGAGAGUCUGUUGUACGUUUUGGAGAGAAGUGGUCCAUCUGCAUUUGCGGCUGGACUAGUUGCCGAUUCUGAUACCCCAGAGAUCAUUUGGACUCAUAAGAUGCGCGGAGAACGUCUUAUCGACCAGGUCUUUAAACAUCUUGGAGACUUUCCUCAAAAGCUCCCACAGCAUUGUCAUGCUCUGUACGAGUAUGCACCUAUGCCACCUGUAACCUAUCCUGAGCUUCAAGAUGAGAUGUGGUGCCACCGCUAUUAUCUACGCAACCUAUGUGAUCAGAUCCGCUUUCCAUUUUGGCCGAUUGUGGAACAUGUCGAAUUCCUCCAAUCUCUGCUGGCUAUGUGGAGAGAAGAGGUCACUAGGCGACCUUUAGAUCUGUCUGAAGAAGAGGCUUGUUCCAUCCUGGAAAUUUCUUCGGAUGAAGCUGAAACUAGUGGUGAGAAUGGUGAGGGUGGAGAGGAAGGUAAGACAAACACUGUUAAGAUAUUUGGGCGUGUUGAUGAGGAUAUUCUCAAGCGCCAAUACCGGAGGUUGGCCAUGAGAUAUCAUCCAGACAAGAACCCACAAGGCAGAGAUAAGUUUUUGGCUGUUCAGAAGGCCUACGAGCGAUUGCAGGCCACAUUACAGGGUCUGCAAGGUCCUCAGCCAUGGCGGCUUCAGCUUUUGUUGAAAGCACAAUGCAUUCUUUUCGGUAGGUAUGGAGCUGUCUUAGAGCCUUUUAAAUAUGCCGGAUAUCCACUGCUGCUGAACGUGAUUACAAUAGAUCGCGACGACAACACUUUCCUUUCCCCGGAACGAGCUCCACUCCUUGAAGCAGCCACCGAACUAAUUUGGCUUACGUGUUGUUCGUCUGCUUUGAAUGGGGAAGAGUUGGUACGCGACGAAGGUAUAUCUUUGUUGGCCUCUUUACUUGCUCGAUGUAUGAGUGUUGUGCAAAGGACAACGCCUUCAACAGAUCCAGCUGCUGUUAUUGUCAGCAAUAUUAUGCGCACUUUUGCAGGAUUGAGUACAUUCACAAGUGCUCGUCGAGAGGUGCAACAGCUUACAGGAUUCACAAUUGAUGUAGUACACUGUUGCGAACUAGAGUUGGCAACAACAGCAGUUGAAGCUGCUUUAAAAACUGCCGCUCAUCUAGCAGCCUCAUCGAAUCUUCAGGAUGCACUUUUGAAGGCUGGAAUUAUAUGGUACCUGAUACCUCUUCUUUUGCAAUAUGACUCCACAGCGGAGAACAGCUCUGCUACUGGACCUCAGAUCGGGAAUAGUAUUCAAACGUCUAAGAAUAUACAUGCGAUCCUUGCGGUUCGUGCAUUAGCUAGAUUAUCUGGUCUGCUGGAUGAUGAGACCCCUUCCAACGAAAUUGCCGCCAAAUCAUUGCGGAAUAUGCUAACCCCAAAACUUGCAGCCAUGUUGGGUAACGAAUCCCCCAGAGACCUGCUUCGAAACCUCAACUCUAAUGUUGAAUCUGCACAGAUUAUCUGGAAUUCAGCAAUGAGGGCUGAACUGAUGAACUUUGUUGAGAAUCAGCGUAUGUCUCGGCUCUCGGAUGGCACAUAUGAAAUGCAAGCAGCGCAGGACUUCAAAUACAAAGCUCUUAUUAAUGAAUUACAUGUUGGUGAUGUGUACUUGCGAGUCUACAAUGAGCAGCCAGAUUCGGAAAUCACAAAUGAGCAGUACUUUUGUGGGGCUUUAGUAGACUUCAUUAGUAAAAUUAUGGAAGAGAGACGUAAAUUACCAGACGUUGAAGCUCUCCCUGAGUCUGAACCUAUUUCUCAAACUCAGCCAGAAGCUGGAUUAAGUGAAAACCCGACACCUCCAGUUCCGAUCGAGUACCAGUUUGGUGUUGAAGCUCCAACAGAGGAGGGGGAGGAGACAAAAGAAGUUGUUUCUUCAGAAGUUUCUCCUGAUGUCAGUUCAAGUUCUCACGAGUCACCUGGAAAGACUCUUGUCAAGAACCUCACCAUGGCGCUCACAGCUUUGCAGAAUGUCCUGAAUGCAAACUCGGAGUUGACAUCAGUUUUCUCCUCAAAAGAACGAUUAGCACCUUUGCUGAGUUGUUUAUUGGAUACUGGACCCUCCAGCGAUCAAGUACCACAAAUCUGCCUCAAUGUUCUUGCAAAGCUCACCAUGCACACAUCGUGUGUGGAAGCUUUGGCAUCUGAUCGUUCUGCAUUACUUCUCCUCCUCCAGCUGUUGCAUUGCGCUCCUGCUUGCAGGCCAGGCGCUUUAAGAGUUCUGUAUUCACUUGCCAGUACUUCUGAACUUGCUUGGGCGGCUGCCAAGCAUGGGGGAGUGGUAUACAUUCUUCAGCUGAUUCUGCCUGGUCAAGAAGAAGUAUCCGUUCAGACAAGGAUAUCUACGGCGUCGUUAUUAGGAAAGCUUGUGGGACAACCGAUGCAUGGACCUCGAGUAGCCAUAACUGUGGCACGGUUCCUUCCAGAUGGGUUGGUUUCUGCUAUACGUGAUGGACCAGGGGAUGCAGUAGUGGCAGCCUUGGAACAAAGCAGCGAGACUCCAGAGCUUGUAUGGAGCCCCGCGAUGGCUGCUUCACUUGGUGCACAGCUGGCAACCAUGGCAGCUGAUCUGUAUAGAGAACAAACCAAGGGAAAAGUGGUUGAGUGGGAUCUUCCUGAGAAUUCAUCUGGGCAGCAAGUCGUCAAUGAUGAACCUCAGGUUGGUGGAGUGUAUGUCCGCUUGUUCCUGAAAGAUCCAAAAUUCCCUCUUAGAAACCCUAAGCGGUUCUUAGAAGGGUUGCUAGACCAAUAUGUGACAGCGGCGGCAGCUACGCAUGCAAGGGGCGGGUCUCAAGUGGACACACAACUCCCAUUAUUACUCUCUGCAGCUCUAGUGUCACUCUUACGUGUUCAGCCCCUUCUUGCUGACCAUGUAGCUCAUUUAGGUUACGUACCAAAGCUGGUUGCAGCUAUGGCUAACGAGAAUCGUAUAGUCUCGACAGCUUCCUCUCAGCAAGUUUUAGCUAAAAGUGAGAAUCUAGGUGGGGAAAUUCUUUGGGGAGCUGAGGAUGGAGAAGUCUUGUUGGGGAGUCAAACUCCUCAAGAACAGGUUCGGUUAAGCUGCUUGAGGGUAUUGCAUCAGUUGGCUGCCUCUACAGCAUGUGCAGAGGCUAUGGCUACACCUGGAAUGGGCUCCCCCCAGAUUGUAUCACUUUUGAUGAAGGCCAUAGGAUGGCAAGGAGGCAGUGUGCUGGCACUUGAAACUCUCAAGAGAGUAGUUGCCGCAGGCAAUCGCGCUCGUGAUGCACUUGUAGCUCAAGGACUGAAUUUCUUGUUGAUGUGCAGGGUUGGUUUGGUGGAGGUUUUGCUUGGUAUUUUGGACUGGCGGGCUGGAGGAAGAAAUGGUUUAUGUUCUCAAAUGAAGUGGAAUGAAAAUGAAGCUUCAAUAGGUCGUGUUUUGGCCGUUGAGGUUUUGCAGGCCUUUGCUGCGGAGGGUGGGCACUCUGCUAGAGUUCAAACUAUUUUAUCUGCAUCUGAUGUAUGGAGUGCUUACAAGGAUCAGAAGCACGAUCUCUUCUUACCUUCAAAUGCCCAAACUGCCGCAGCUGGUAUAGCUGGUCUUAUUGAAAACUCCUCUGGAGUUGUAAAAUAUGCCCUUCCUCAAUCUUCUCCUCGAACUGCAGUGGUUAGGUUUUCCGACUCUGAUUCCUGACACGAAUUAAGGUAUACAGUAAGCCUUAGCCUCUACCUCUGUUUCCAGCUCCUUAUGGGUUCUCUAUUUGUGUAGAGUGUUGAUUUUGUAUACUUGGAUCUCUUCUAUUUUCAUUUGUAAUCAUUUAGGCUGGUCACCAGUCUGCAAGAUUCGACAGGUUUUUUUUGGUACAUCUUAGAUAGAUGUAGAUUCAGUAGUGGUGGUAUUGAAGUUAGGCUUCAGUAAUUUGUAAUUGGUUCAGCAGGGCGCUUGACGGUAUAUGGCCGUCUUGAACUCCUCACGAGGUUUCGUUGUUUUGCCACAAAUGUAAAUAAAUGUGCACUGUUGCAUUCUCUGAA